AUGGAAAAUAAACAAUGGAAAGUUGUCAAAUUUAACAAUGAAGACGAGGGCGAUAGUGUUGAGGUUGUACCCUUGUCCUGGAUUACUGGGACCGAUUGUUUUUGGCCUCCAUUUGACAACAGGAGGGACGUAGAAAGUGCGAUGAAACAUUGCUUAUCACCGCAGGAAAACAGCUGGCAAAAGUAUAGAGGCGUUCAAAGUUCAAGCAGAACUUACGACAAAUUCGCAACGGCAUCUUCACGUGCUAACAAAGUUAUUGCUAAUUCCGAAAUCGACAGCAGCGGAUCUGAAAAAUUGCCGAAAAAACGACUUGUUAAAAUGAAUCCUUUGUAUGCAAAAAAUUAUUUUUUGAACAGCAAUGAGACAUCUGAAGAUGAAGCCGAAAUAAAUGUUGAAAUACCAAAAUUUCCAACGUUGUCGACGAACACCAAAUUAAAUAAAGGCUUACCUUCUAAGAAGGCAUCCAAAGGCCUUAUAAAAACAACUGAGUACUACAAAUGUAAGAGGCAUAAUGCCAUCAGUGGGAAUCAGCCUUACAAAUUCGAAUACUUUGAAGAACUCGAUGCAAUAUUAGGCUCCAGGCCACAAGCAGAAAGCCUUGGUGAUACACCAGCAAUUGGAUUUGAGAGUUUAGCAGAAAGCGAGCCAGAAAUCAAUAAUGAAAAUGUGCCCCCAAUGGAUAUCUCGGAGAUUGAAAUAGUGAUGGAAGAUUUUGAUGACCAGCCAGAUAUUGAUGGGGCAAUUCCAGGUUGUUCGAAUGAACCUGGAAUCAAAAGAUUGGUCAUACCGACUCUUCCAUCAUGCAAAGCUUCAACUACCGCUGUUUCUUCCACUCCCUCUGCUUCUUCCACUCCCUCUGCUACUACUACUCCCACUGCUGCUCCCAAAGUCCAAUUUAAUACUGCUGGUAAGGGGAAACGGAAGAAGAAAAAGACGACUGAAAAAGCAGACGCUGGUUUAAGUCUUCUGCAAACCAUGCUGGAAGAGAAUCGGAAAGAAGCAGCGAAUGACAGGGAGUUUAUGCGGGAGAUGAUGAGAAGCAGUGAUGCAACAUUGAAAGAGUGCACCUCGAUGUUGUGUCAUGAAGCUCAAAGCUUCUUCUACAAAACUAGUUAG